AACCUAUAAUAAUUCUGUAUAGUUAAUCAAUAUCUAUGUGGUGGUAAUAUAUAAAAAUUUAAAUGUUUUCUGCCAAGUUUUUCUUAUAUAAUAAAAUCUGGUAACAUUUAUAUAAAUAUGCGAACCGCUUCAAUGAUUCGUUGCAUUCACGGUAAUUAAAAAAUUAGGCCAGUAAAUUUUAGAAUCGUAAAAUGAAAUACGUUUGCGAUCAUGAUAAUAGCGAGAGUGAGGACGAAAAAUUUUUACUUGACGACAAUAACACUGAAAAACAUACACACUGUAAACGUUGUGAUAUUAAGAAUGGUUUCUUAAAUUGCAAAAUACAAGAUAAACCUCUCAGCUGGUUAGCAAACAGUAAUGGCAACAUGAAAAACCAUUAUGUGCCUGUGACUAAUUUAAUUGAUAGAGAAGAUAACAAUGAAAGCGGUUUCAGAAGUCUCAACAUGCCUUUACUAUUGAAUGGAAAUUUAGAAGACAGAAAUGAUGAUCAAACAGAGUACCACUGUCAUUCUAAUUCAACCACUUAUAAUAACUCUGGUGCAUGGAAAAAACUUAUAAUUGUAUCUAUAAUAUGCAUCAUACUAAUGAUAACAGAACUAACUGGUGGAUGUAUAGCUGGAAGUUUAGCAGUUAUGACUGAUGCUGCUCAUUUACUUACUGAUCUCAUUGGCUUUUGUAUAUCAAUUAUAUCAUUGUGGCUUAGCAACAGAGUACCUAACAAAACUAUGACCUUUGGUUAUUCUCGGACUGAAGUAAUUGGAGCCUUUUUAAGUGUUUUAACAGUGUGGUUACUUGCUGGAGUAUUUUGUUACUUGGCUUUACAUAGACUGUUUCGAAGAGAAUUUGAUAUUGAUGCCGAUACCAUGCUUAUAGUAGCUUCAAUUGGAGUUGUGAUCAAUGUUGUGAUGGCUUCGGUUCUUCAUGGAUUUUGCCACGGUCAUGGUCACACUCAUGGACCUAUUAUAUCGAACACUAAAGAAAAUAUAAAUGUGAGAGCUGCUGCAGCUCAUGUGAUUGGUGAUCUUUGUCAAAGUUUGGGAGUUUUUUUAGCCGCGAUUAUUAUAAAGGUGUACCCUGAAGCUCAAGCGGCCGACCCAAUUUGCACCUUAUUAUUUUCAGUUGUAGCUAUAUAUGCCACCUUUAAAAUUGCUCGGGAUGUAGGAAAAAUUCUAUUAGAAGCGAGUCCCGAAGAUGUGGGAAACUUAAUGCAGUUGCUGAAGAACAUUCCCGGGGUUAAGCAUGUUCACGAAAUGCAUGUGUGGUCCUUAGCUCCAGGAAGAGAAGUUCUAAAUGUACAUUUGGCUGUGGACAAAAAUUGUGAUAGAGACGUAAUCCUUGAACAAGCUGGAAAUCUUAUCAACAUAAAAACGAGUAUUAUUAGUUCAUCUAUACAAAUUGAAAAAUAUAAUCCUGAUGUUAUCAGCAAUUGUAAUCAGUGUCAGAUUUUAGCAAGUUAACGAAAACUACAGUAUGGACAGAAUUUAUAUGUAUAUCUUUUUACGUUCCAUUUCUCAUUGAUUAGUUAGAGUGUUAGAGAUUUGUUUUAACCCUGUCGGUGUUGUAUUUUCGAUUCAAAAUAGUUAAUUACAUUUUUAUUUAAUGUAUUUUUUGGAGAAUGUCCAGAAAAUGGUGUUUGUUAAAGUUAUUAUUUUAAAUUCUUUUUCACGUUCCGUGA